AUGUUAAAAUAUGGAGGAAUGACAUGGUGGAUUGCCAUUGAGGAACCUCAUUUCGAAACUAGAUUGCAUUUAGACCUAAUUUUUUAA